AUGGCCUCUGAAAGCUUCGAGUUUCAGGCUGAGAUCUCCCAGCUCCUCUCCCUCAUCAUCAACACCGUCUACUCCAACAAAGAGAUCUUCCUUCGAGAACUGAUCUCCAAUGCCUCGGAUGCCCUUGACAAGAUUCGAUAUGAGGCCCUCUCAGAUCCCAGCAAAUUGGACUCUGGUAAGGACCUCCGGAUCGACAUCAUCCCAGACAAGGAGUCCAAGACCCUCACCAUCCGCGAUACCGGUAUUGGCAUGACCAAAGCUGAUCUCGUCAACAACCUCGGUACCAUUGCCCGGUCCGGUACUAAGCAGUUCAUGGAAGCCCUGACUGCCGGUGCCGAUAUCUCCAUGAUCGGUCAAUUCGGUGUCGGUUUCUACUCGGCCUACUUGGUCGCCGACAAGGUCACCGUCGUUUCAAAGAACAACGACGACGAACAAUACAUCUGGGAGUCCAGCGCAGGUGGUACCUUCACCAUCACCCAGGAUGAGAAUGGCGAGCCUCUUGGCCGUGGUACCAAAAUCAUUCUCCACCUCAAGGACGAGCAGACCGACUACCUGAACGAGUCCAAGAUCAAGGAAGUCGUUAAGAAGCACUCUGAAUUCAUCUCUUACCCCAUCUACCUCCACGUCCUGAAGGAGACUGAGAAGGAGGUCCCCGACGAGGAGGCCGAAGAAGUUGAGGAGGAUGAGGAGAAGAAGCCCAAGAUUGAAGAGGUCGACGAUGACGAGGAGAAAGAGAAGAAACCCAAGACCAAGAAGGUCAAGGAGUCCAAGAUCGAAGAGGAAGAGCUCAACAAGACCAAGCCAAUCUGGACUCGCAACCCCUCCGACAUCACCCAAGAAGAGUAUGCUUCCUUCUACAAGUCUCUGUCCAACGACUGGGAAGACCACUUGGCGGUGAAGCACUUCUCCGUCGAGGGUCAGCUCGAAUUCCGAGCCAUUCUCUUCGUUCCCAAGCGUGCUCCAUUCGAUCUCUUCGAAACCAAGAAGACCAAGAACAACAUCAAGCUCUAUGUCCGACGUGUUUUCAUCACCGACGACGCCACCGACUUGAUUCCAGAAUGGCUCGGCUUCAUCAAGGGUGUUGUCGAUUCUGAGGAUCUGCCUCUCAACUUGUCACGUGAAACCCUUCAACAGAACAAGAUCAUGAAGGUCAUCAAGAAGAACAUUGUCAAGAAGUGCCUCGAACUCUUCAAUGAGAUUGCCGAGGACCGUGAGCAAUUCGACAAGUUCUACUCCGCCUUCAGCAAGAACAUUAAGCUUGGCAUUCACGAAGACUCGCAGAACCGCCAGUCCCUUGCCAAGCUCCUCCGAUUCCAGUCCACCAAGUCUGGCGAAGAGGCCACCUCGCUCACCGACUAUGUCACCCGCAUGCAAGAGCACCAGAAGCAGAUCUACUACAUCACCGGUGAAUCCAUCAAGGCCGUGCAGAAGUCCCCCUUCCUCGACUCUCUCAAGGAGAAGAACUUCGAGGUCUUGUUCUUGGUUGACCCAAUUGACGAGUAUGCCAUGACCCAACUCAAAGAGUUUGAUGGCAAGAAGCUUGUCGAUAUCACCAAGGACUUCGAGAUGGAAGAGACCGACGAGGAGAAGAAGGAGCGCGAAAAGGAAGAGAAGGAGUUCGAAGGUCUCGCUAAGAGCCUGAAGAACAUCCUCGGUGACAAGGUUGAGAAGGUCGUCGUCUCUCACAAGCUCGUCGGCUCUCCUUGCGCCAUCCGAACUGGCCAAUUCGGUUGGUCUGCCAACAUGGAGCGUAUCAUGAAGGCCCAGGCACUCCGCGAUACCUCCAUGUCUUCGUACAUGUCCUCGAAGAAGACAUUCGAGAUCUCACCAAAGUCGCCCAUCAUCCGCGAGCUCAAGAAGAAGGUUGAGACCGAUGGCGAGAACGACCGCACUGUCAAGAGCAUCACCCAGCUCCUCUUCGAGACCUCUCUGCUCGUCUCUGGCUUCACCAUCGAAGAGCCAGCCAGCUUCGCGGAGCGCAUUCACAAGCUCGUGUCCCUCGGUCUGAAUGUCGAUGAGGAGGCAGAGACUGCUGAGGAGAAGGCGGCCGAAGAGGCCCCUGCUGCUGAGGGUGCUGGCGAGAGCGCCAUGGAAGAGGUUGACUAG